GACAAAAGUUGCUUGGAAGCUACAAAUUAUAAUUUUCUGUUAAAAAAUGUGAAUCAAUCCACAUAAAAAAAAUGAAACUCAUUUGCGAAACCUGCAUCGUCAAUCGAACCAUCCCGUCCGGGAAGAAGGCAUUCCAGAAAACCAUUCUGGCGAUUGGCAAGAACAGUGAAAAAAAAUCGGACGAGACAGUCAUUAUGCUCAUCACGAAUGCCAACAAAGGAGGAACCAAGUAUGGACUGAAGAAAAACAUCAGUAAAAUCUUCACCCGUUUCCUUGCGGACGGCAAAGCUACCAUUUCGUUCAACAUCCCAGAACAGGACCUGCAGAUCAAAAGUGAAGUGAUUCAGUUGACUAGUUUUCUGAAAGUGUUGAAAUCGGUUCUUACAGGCGAAACCACCCCUGCUGGAGCUGGUUCCAGUAGCGUUGCGGCUGUCAAAUUACCCUGUCUAACAGUGGCCAACAAAAACAGUUCAUUAUUGUCGUCCACCAAAGUGUUCUCUACUAAAUGUGUGGUCAAAAGCAGAGCAGACUACCCGUUGAAAGGAUUCAACCGGAAUCUAGUUUCGCUCCAAAUAUCCGACAUCAAACUGGUUAGAUUCGAUCCGCAGAUCUUUCUGUUAAAGAACCUUCGAACUUUAAACCUGUCGAACAAUUGUCUGGAAAAGAUUCCCAAGGAACUCGGGCAGAUGCGGUUGAACGAAAUAGAUCUAUCUGGCAAUGCCUUGCACAAGGACAAAUGGGAAUGGAUUCAGCAGUCAGCCGUGCAAUCAAGUCUACAAAGUCUUAACAUUUCCACCAACAAUCUCAGCUAUUUCCCGAUCGCCCUGAUCUAUUCGAGAGUUCUCAUCCGACUAGAUUUACGGCAAAACCAUAUCCAUAAACUCCCGUUCGCCGUAUGGAAAAUGUCCCGACUUCGUUUUCUGAAUCUGGCGAACAACCAACUCGGUUCCGUGCCAGAAUCCAUGAUCCGUAUGAGGCUUGACGAGCUGGACCUAUCCGACAACCAGCUCGAUCAGAAAGCGUCUACAGUUCCGGAUUUACGCGUACCAUCCCAGGUGGGUCAUAUGCCUGCACUGUGGGAGUUGGCCGCUCGGGUCGUUGUUACUCGCAAGGUUCACUACUCACCGGGGUUGAUUCCGUUUCUGCUGGUGGAGCUGAUGCACCGCACCCCGACUUGCAGCUGUGGAUUGCUUUGCUUCACGUCGAAGAUUCACGAACGAGCAAAAGUGAUACGACUGAACUGUCAACACCUGAUCCUUAACAGUAAUCAGCAGCUGUACGCUGACAGUGUUUUCUGUAGUCAACGUUGCAGCACCAAACAGUAGUUAGGACU